UUAGGCGGCGUGGUCCCAAACCCUCCCCUCUCCCUGCGCGGCGCGCUCGUCCCGCGGAGCCGGUCCUCAGCAGAGAGCGUGAGGCCCCCCGGCGGCGGCGGCGGUUCAGCGGGUCCCGUCCUGCCCCACACGCGGCGCGGCGGGUGGGGCCGUGCCGGAGUCGCCACCUGAGCCCCCGGCGCGGCGUGCGCGGGCAUCGGCGGGCGGAGCGGCCGUUGCCCUCCGCGGGGGCGGUUUCCGUACAUACUGAAGUUUUCCCGACUUGUGCCGGGAGAGGCAGGUCCCAGCGUGGGGGCCGGGGACCAUCGCAGCGGCAGAGAGGCGGAUUGGCGCGGCCCCGGCCGCCGCGGGCGGCGUGUGCAGGGGCGGGUGUGAUAGAGAGGUGGGCGAGCAGCGAUGACCUCCGAGAGGAGCCCGCGAGGGAGCGGUCCAGAGGCAGAGCGAGCGGCAGCGGGGGAGGAUGGUUGCUGAGACCCGGAGGAGAGCCACCCCGUAAUGUCACCAUGAUGUUUCAUGCAAGCGAAAUGUGGUGCUAUCACUGGAAAUGGAAGCUGCAGCACUGUCUUUGCUUGUUUACUGCAUAUAUUGCAUGCAUGCAGCAAGCAGCUCAUGGGUGCUCUGACUGUAGGAUCGUGCUGACUGACCCCUCUGGAGUUUUCACUUCUCCAUGCUUCCCCAGUGAUUAUCCAAACAGUCAAGCGUGCAAGUGGAUCAUCCGAGCACCUCAUGGGUUCAUCAUACAGCUAACAUUUAUUGAUUUUGACAUUGAGGAGGCUCCAGGCUGCAUUUAUGAUUCACUGACAUUAGACAAUGGAGAAAGCCCAAUGAACCUGUGUGGCAUCACUGCCAAAGGAUUAUCUUAUAACUCUACCGGAAAUGAAAUGAUUGUGUCAUUUAAAAGUGACUUCAGUAUCCAAAAGAAAGGCUUUAGUGCCAGCUAUGUACGAAUUGCUGUGUCUCUGAGAAAUCAGAAAGUCAUCAUUCCCCAGGUUCCUGAUGUCGAUGUUGUGUCUGUGUCAGAGACUGUCUCAGUCCCAGAGCUCAGCCAGUUUACGCUGUGCUUUGAAGCUACCAAGGGCAGCAGCGAUGACAACGAUGACUGGAAGGUUUUCUCCUACACUGAUACCUUUUCAACAGAAGUCUUCAGCUUCGGGAAGACCACAAAAGGCCAUUUCCUGACCAUCUCAGGCCAGCAGUGCAUCCUGGAGAAGGCAUUGCCCCGAAACACAGAGUUUUUCACAGAAACCUUUCAACAGCUCUGUCUGGUAGGGGACAGCUUCGCAGGCAGUAUAGGUAUAUAUGCCAAAAGCACCUACCAUACAGAGUACUGUCCAGAUAUCUCUGGCAAAUUUAUCCCAGGAAACGGGAGGCUGGUGCUGGGCUCUAACAGCAAUGAAGUGAGCUCUCUAAAUGGGGACAUUUACAACUUCCGCCUCUGGAAUUUCACCAUGAAUUCGCAAACACUGGCCAACCUCAGCUGCGAUGUGAAAGGAAACAUUGUCGACUGGGAAAAUGAAUUCUGGAGUAUUCCAACUUCAGCACUGAAAGCAGAAAACAAUUUGAGUUGUGGCUCAUACUUAAUUCCCUCUUCUGGAAUUGAACCAACCAGUUGUGCAAACCUGGGAAGCCUUUGCCAAGCUACUGUAAAUGCUACUACUCCUACACCACCCACUGUCACCACUAACAUGCCUGAUACUAACAGAAAAGAUAAUCCAAACAAUGGUGGGCUAUUCUACAGGAUAUCUAUCACUGUCUUUAGUACCAGCUCCAACUCGAUGUCGAAGGUACAUGAUGUGGUUGCAGAAUGGCUAAAUCGUACUUUCCAGAACUGGAAUUACACGGUGUAUGUGGUCAAUAUCAGCAUCCAACCUGGCCCCAUUAAAGAGGGAGCAAGAGAAAAAAGAAGUAUUAACAGCUUUGAGGUUUUGGCUCUUCUCGUUUAUAAUUCUACCAACAAUAUCAAUUUAGAAGAGGAAGACAUCCGACAGAAGCUCAUAAAUAACAAUGCAACCAUGGAAGGAGGAUAUCGGCUUCAUACAGUCAAUGUCAAUCCAGUUGAAAAAUGUUUAGCUGAGGAAAACCCUCCAAACUAUUUCUGGCCAGAUACCAGACCCACUGUGACCAAUUUCACAUUUUGCCAUGGGAGCUCAGUUCAGACUGCAUCCAGAACCUGCUAUUUGGGUCUGCAUAAUUACACAUCAUAUUGGGGGCAGCCUGAUCUUAGAAAUUGCACAGAAAAUGCAGCUGACAUUGCCAAUCAGCUUCUGAAUCUUACUGGUGAAGGGCAGCAGCUAACUUCAGACAAAGUAAAUGAUGUUGUGCAGAAGCUAAAAAAAAUUGUGAAUGAUGAAGAAAUCGAUGAAUCUCUGGGUUCUACCGUGGUGACAAUUUUUUCCAAUAUUCUAAACAGUUCAGACAGUGUAUUGGCAGCAUCAUCCUCAGAAGCUCUAAAAACUAUUGAUGCCCUAGCUUUAAAGAUCCAGUUCACUGGACCAUCCAUGAGUAUUUCAACGCGAAAUCUUGCCCUUGGAGUGUCUUCUAUAAACUCAGCUUCGUUCAGAGGUGGUUCUUUCAGUGUCAGUCCACAAAAUAAUGCAUCUGAUUUCCAGAUAGAUUUUGACAAGGACCAUACAAAUGCCUUGGCUUCUGUUGUUCUGCCACCAAGCUUACUGAAGAAUUUAAGUCAAGAUGAGUUUGAAAUUAUAUCCAGGGCUCAAUUUACUUUCUUCAAUAAGAAUGGUCUUUUUCAGGAUGCAGAAAAUCCUGCCAAUCUGACCAGUUUUGUGGUGGCAUGCAGUAUUGGAAACGUAACCAUUCAGGAUCUUCAGGAUUAUGUGAAGGUCACGAUUAAGCACACCAAAAUUCAGGAAGAGCCUAAGCCUACCUGUGUCUUCUGGGAUAUGAAUAAAAAUGGUGGCAAUGGUGGCUGGAACCCUGAGGGCUGCCAAGUAGGCACUGAGUCUAAUGAAAAUGAGACAGUUUGCUUAUGCAACCACCUCACUCACUUCGGGGUCCUAAUGGACCUUCAGAGAGCUGUUACAGAAAUUGACACACAGAAUACCAAGGUCCUCACUUUUAUCACUUACAUAGGCUGUGGGGUAUCAGCUAUAUUUUCAGCUGCAACUCUUCUGACGUAUAUUGCAUUUGAGAAGCUGCGAAGAGAUUAUCCGUCCAAGAUCCUGAUGAAUUUGAGCUCAGCCCUGUUCUUCCUUAACCUCAUCUUCUUGCUUGAUGGUUGGAUUGCAUCAUUUAACAUAGAUGGGCUCUGCAUAGCUGUAGCUGCACUUUUGCACUUCUUUCUCCUGGCCACCUUUACGUGGAUGGGACUGGAGGCUGUUCACAUGUACAUUGCUCUAGUGAAGGUGUUCAACACGUACAUCCGGCGAUACAUACUCAAGUUUUGCAUCAUUGGCUGGGGUUUGCCAGCUCUGGUGGUAGCAAUUGUUUUAGCCAGUGCUAAUACAAAUGCAAGUAGUAUAUAUGGCAAGGAGUUAUAUGGCAGAGGUGCUAACGGGCAAGGAGGAGAUGACUUCUGCUGGAUCAAGAAUGAAGUUGUCUUUUAUGUGACUUGUGCUGGCUACUUUGGAGUCAUGUUCCUGAUGAAUGUUGCCAUGUUUGUUGUGGUGAUGGUGCAGAUAUGUGGGAGGAAUGGGAAAAGAACUAAUCGGAGCCUGAAGGAAGAGAUUCUGAGGAACCUCCGUAGUGUGGUCAGCCUGACCUUCCUCCUAGGCAUGACAUGGGGCUUUGCCUUUUUUGCCUGGGGUCCCUUAACUCUUCCAUUCUUGUAUCUCUUUGCAAUUUUCAAUUCACUGCAAGGUUUGUUUAUAUUUGUAUUCCAUUGUGCUAUGAAGGAAAAUGUGCAGAAACAAUGGAGGAGACAUCUCUGUUGCGGCAGAUUCCGACUGGCAGAUAAUUCAGACUGGAGCAAAACAGCAACCAAUAUCAUCAAGAAGAGUUCUGAUAAUCUUGGGAAAUCCUUAUCCUCUAGUUCCAUCGGCUCCAAUUCAACCUACUUAACAUCCAAAUCAAAAUCUACAACGAACACAUACUGCAAACGAAACAGCCACACAGAGAAUGUUUUUCUUGACAAGCCAUCUUCAAAUUUUGCUCAAGAGGAUGGACAACAGACACCAGUCAUCCCUGUCCACAGCAUUACUGACAAGGUUAAGAAAUACUGCAGUCCUCACUCUGACAGCUUCUAUGAAAAUAUCUUCAUGUCCGACGCCUUUAGUCACAGCACAAAGUUCUAACUGUGAUUCUGAAUUUCCUAAAGCAAAGGCUGCCUGGAAUUGGCAAUACUGAAUGUCAGGGAAUGUGACCUGUUUUGUUAUUUUUCCUAAUCUUUAAUGUUCAAUUGUUAACAGCUUCCACUCAAGGACCAGUUUUUCUACUUUUGUAACAUUGUGGGAAAAGAUGAUUUUUCCACUGUGGUAUUGAGCUGUUUUUAAAUGCAUGCCAGCCAGCAGCUAGUUGUAAUCCUGUGUAAAUAGACCAAACAGCCUAUAAUUCUAAAUUAUAUAGUUCAAACAGAGGCAAGACUUGAUUCCUGGCGAAAACAGACAUGCCACACCAUACAGGCAAGCUCUUAACUCAACAGUUUACUGAUGGUCUUUUUCUUUGGAAAACACAGGGGUUUUCCCUACAACACUUGUUAGAUUCUUGCUUCUUAAGUGCCUAGUGCUGGUAGGGUUUUUUUCAUGAGUGAAUAAAGCCCUAACCUUAUUUUAAACCACAGUUCACUAAAUAGACCUAAGCACUCAAAUCAUGUUUACCAAAGGAGUAUGUGCUACACAUUCAGUCCAUUUUGUAUCCAUGUACAUAGAAACACACUCAGUACCUAAAUGUAUUGGCUGAGAAGGGCAUGCAGGUUACCAAUAGCUCUUGCAGAUUUUAAGCCCAUUGGUAUUACGUGGGAGCAGGCAGUGGUAUGGAUCUUCUGCAUCUGUGCAGAACAAGUACACAAGUAAAUCCAAAGUUUACACAAAGUCAUGUUUCAACAUUAAUCGAUUGGCAUGUGUGAAAUGUGGCAUCUCCCAUCAUAGCCCUAUAUUUAAUGUUGUUUUUUCACUAAACUAAGACAUUCAGCUAGAUACAGAUCUAUAAAUACAUAUCUAGAUCUGUCUCCACGUGUAUUUGUAUAACCACACAAUAAACGUGACACAGGAAACCAGCUUGUGUACCACAGUGAACAGUGCUAAAGGGUAAGUGUUUAAAUACAAGGUGAAUACUUUGUAAGCCCGUGGGUUCCUUUGUCAGUCUCUCUACUUCAGAUACACUGUGUGUAUGAACACUUCCAUCAGAUGGCAUUGCAACAUUAGAAUAACCUGAAAUACAUUUGCCAGUAGUAAGUAAAUAACAUCUUUCCAGACACAUAACAUUAUCAGCAUCAGUAUCCCUCUCCUGCCCCCCUGUUGGUUGACUUAAUUGAGCUUGUUGGAGGCAGAGAGUUUGUUUAAACAGCCUUCAGGCAACAUUAGGAGGUUUCCUAUUGCUAUACUGUGUGCAUAAUGACACUUGAGUUGUGUGUGCGUGCAGAGAACAGACAAGAGCACAACAUGCUUACUUGUUCUAAUCUCUAUAGCUGUGUGACACAUUAGCGUGUUGCUGCGACUGCCAGGAGUGCCUCUCUCCUCCUAAAGCAUGUCUGGCUCCAUGACAGGUGAAACAAACACUGUAACUGCUCAUGGCUCUGAAGCCAUGGGCCACAACAUCAAAGGUAUUCUCAGAUACCAUUUCCAGAAGGGAACGUAUCCUAAUGGAUAAUCAAAAUACCUUUAGCCAAAUAUUUAAUUGUACUCAGAAGGUGACCAAGAAGUUGUGUUGAGACUUUUUUCCAGUUGCCAGGCAGGUGGAUGUUCAGUGAUUAGGGAUGUGGAUUUGUGCCUUUCUCUGCUCUUUGCAUGCGCUUUUGCGUGCAGAGAUCAUUUAAUGCUGUGACCGCACAAAUGUGUUUUCCCUGGCUGCAGACACCGCAGUGAGGGGAGGAUGACCUGACCAUAUCCCACCCAGGAGCACUGCUGUUGCUACACAGACCUUAAUAAAACCUCAGUCUUGUAACUGCAAAUACUUACAUGGUGGUAUGAAUGAGAGUCAACCCGAGUCACUGAAACCGUCAUUAUUAACAGGGAUGAGUGUUGUCAGAUACCUUUAAUUUAGGGAGAGAUUAAGUACAAGCAUUUACUGAACUAAUAUUUUAUCAUCCCACUUGCUUAACUACUGUAGAUAAUAGUGUUCCUAUCGCAGCUUACUGUGAGAUUUCUACCUGAUUAAGGUGUUCAGAAGUGAAGAGAAGGAAAAAUCAAACAUUCCUGAAAAAAUGAGGAAUCAGUAAAAGAGAUCAGCAUAAUAUAACUAAAAAGCAGACACAGUAUCCUGAGUGAAGCUGAGCUGCAACCUAUCAUUUUCAUGUACAGCUACCUAUAUUUUUGCUGAAUUCAGUUUUUUUUCCUCUUUUUUUUUUUUUACUACCAUGUAGUAAUCUUAAACUCCACGUCAGUUAGAUGCUCUUGAAUGCUCUCAGUCCUACAAUGAAAAGCUUGUACUCUGUAGUUGACAUGCUGCAACCUCCCUUGUAUAUAUUUAUUUAUUUGUGAGGUUAAAUAUGUCAAAUGUAUUUAGCUCUAUAAUGAUUGUUACUUUAAAGCCAAGCUUCUGCUUCAUCAUAGAAGAAGAGGGAAAGAAUAAUUCCUUAUAUAUGUUUUCUCCAAACACCUUGUGAAAUAAUUUACUGUAGUUCUGUCUUUUACAAGCAUGAGGAAACACUGAAGUUUGUACUGCUAGCCAGUGGAACAUGGUGUAACAGGUUUGAAGAUGGACAGAAGUGGAAACAGUUUCAAGUAAACGUUCUUGGUGUUAGUGUUCCAGAUAAUUAAAGUCUUUCAACAGUGAA